GUAAAUAAAAAUGGUUGUCUUGUCAAAGUAAAACAAAAUAGAGGAAGCUCUUAUCUUUAAAGUCUAAUUUAAUGAGAGUGGCUGAUCGGUGCUAGUUUUAACAACGCAGGCGUCAAUUUUAAUCCUUGCUCAAUCAAAGAAAACGUUCUAGUGCAAAUUUUUUCAUUCAGAAGGUUUGGUAUCUGAUAUCUGCUGUGAAAAAUGUGGAAAGCAUCAGUCGGACACAACGUCGCACCCAAAGCUCCAGUCAAUGAUGACGAUGACGACGCCUGGGAGACGGAUCCUGACUUCGUCAACAACGUCACUGAGGAGGAACAGAGAUGGGGAACCUCCGGCGGAAGAACGGCAGGAGCCAUCGAUAUGAAGCAACUUAUCGAGGAAACCAAGCAAGGCGAUGCUCAAGGCAAAGAAAAACAGCUGGCCGAUGGUCCGAAAGCUGCGUACGGCUACGGAGGCAAGUUUGGCGUACAGCAAGACAGGAUGGACAAGUCGGCCGUGGGUCACGACUACACGGCUCCGCUCAACAAACACGAGUCUCAAAAGGAUUACGCCAGCGGAUUCGGCGGCAAAUUCGGUGUGCAGGCCGACCGGCAGGACAAGUCGGCCGUAGGCUGGGACCACGUGGAGCAGGUGCAGAAGCACCAGUCGCAGAAAGACUACGCCGUCGGUUUCGGCGGAAAGUUUGGAGUGCAGGCCGACCGGCAGGACAAAGCUGCUGUCGGCUGGGAGCACCACGAGCAGGUGCAGAAACACGAGAGCCAACUGGACUACAGCAAGGGAUUUGGCGGCAAAUUCGGAGUGCAGACAGACAGGGUUGAUAAGUCAGCACAUACCUUUGAGGAAAAUGCGAAACUUGCUCCAGCCUAUGAGAAGACGAAGCCGGAUAUCGGAUCAGCCAAGCCUUCCAAUUUGCGAGCCAAGUUCGAACAGCUGGCCAAAGGAAACGAUGACGAAGUGCGCCAGAGGGCGAUGGAAGAGCGAAAACGGCGAGAGGAACGCGAGAAGCGCGAGCUGGAAAGGGAGCAGGAAAGGAAGAAGCGGGAGGAGGAGCACGCUCAGGAAGAGGAGGCUCGACAGGCCGAGCGGAUCAGGGAGGAAGCCGAGAGGAGAGCCCUUUACGACGCUGAGAUGGCCAAGGCGCAGGCUGAGCAGGAUGAAAACGAACGAGUCAGGAAACAGAGCGAGUUGGCCGAGAAGGAGGCAAAAGAGAGAAAGGAGCGAGAGGAGAAAGACCGGAAGGAGCGCGAGGAACGAGAGGAGCGGCUGGCCAAGCAGAGGGAAGAGGAGGAACGCGAGAAGAAGCGGCUGAGGGAGGAGCAGUUGGAGCGAGAACGGCUCCAGGAAGAGGAGAGGGAACGGCAGGAGCAGGAAAUCACCCGGCAGUUGCAGCAGCAGGCCGAGGAAGACGAGGAGGAGGAAAACGUCACGGCCACGGCGCUCUACGACUACCAGGCCGCUGCCGACGACGAAAUUUCCUUCGACCCUGACGACCUGAUCACCAACAUUGAAAUGAUCGACGAAGGCUGGUGGAGAGGCAUGUGCAAAGGCCAGUUCGGCCUGUUCCCCGCAAACUACGUUCAACUGAACAACCAGUAAAAUAAAAAUCUCGCAACAACAAAAGCCAAAAGUCGAUUGUGCUCAGCGGCCAAUGAUGUUUUUAUGAAGACACUAUUUGAUGCCAAUUUAUGAUUCCAUGCAUUUUUUAACGAGUUUAGGGCGCAUAGAUUUUUUUAAAUGUGAAAAAAGUAUUAAGUUAUGGUACUUAAAUUUUUAUUGGAUCGUGUUACAGUUUUUAAAGAUUGUCAACAGAAAUGGUACGUACACAUCUUGAUGCUGUUAAUUAUACACUUCUUGUCAAGUUGUAAAAUAAAAUAUGUUAUAAUGUAAAAAAGCAA